CGCUGCCCUUCCUCCCGCGCCCGCCCCGCACAGCACCCGCGCCCGGCCCGCCUCCGCCAGCCUCGCCCGGCCGCCGCGCAGGGGCAGAGCGAGCCGGCGCCGGCGAGGAAUUAGGAGCGAUCCGAGGAGGAGCGAAAAAAAAAAAAGCCCCCCAUCAUCAUCAUCAUCAUCAUCAUAAUAACCAUAAUAAAAGGAGAGCCGGCGCGUUAGAGAGCCUUUUUAAUUUUUAAUUUUUCCCCCUCCUUCUCCUCCUCCCUCGAUUUAAAUUUUUUUCUUUUUUCUAAAUUUUUUCUUUUUUUUUUUCUUUUUUUCUUUUUUUUUCUUUUUUUUUUUUUUUUUUUUUUUGGGUGAGCGCACUCGAAAAUUAACAUUCGCGGUGUCCUGCGCGGUGGGAGCACACGCAGCGGAUCAUCAUCAGUCAUUCACCACCUUGACAACCUCGCCUGUGAUUGACAGCCGGAGUGGCAAAAAGCCAUGAGACUUGGUAGUUGGGUUUGAGGGGCACUUUAAAAAAAAAAAAAAAAAAAAAAAAAAAAACUGAUUUGGGGAAAGGAUAUUUGCUUUCGCCCCGCUGCUGUCUUGGAAACGAGAGGGGGAGAGUAAGAGAGAGAGACAGGGAGAGAGGGAAGAAAGAAAGAAAAAAGAAGGAAGGAAGGAGGGAGAGUUGGUUUUUUUUUUUUUCCUUCUAAUUUUUUUCUCAUUUUUUUAAUGCUGAGUUACCGUAUCGCUUCGCUGAGAUCCAGCAAGCCGAAGAUUUUACUCGAUUGCUUCCAUUGCUGGAGACGCUAAGGGAUUUUUGCCUUUUUUUGGGGGUGAGGGGGGGGAACUUCGUGUUUCUUUCUUUUCACACUGGCCUUAAAGAGGAUAUAUUAGAAGUUGAAGUAGGAAGGGAGCAAGCAGGCCGAUGGCGCAAAGGGGGCAAAAAGCGAUGUCCUGCAGCGGGAGGAUUUAUCAGUUGUACUUGUAGGCUUAAAACCUGUGUAUGUUGCUAUUUUCUUGAUUCUUUUACUUCCCAUCCCGGAGCUCUCGGGGAAGAGGCAAGCUUUCUAUACAUUAAUGACAUGCAGGCAUUACGACGAGCUGCCCCACUACGGCGGCAUGGAGGGGGUGGGCAUCCCCACCACCAUGUACGGGGACCCCCACGGCGCCCGCCCCAUGCAGCCCGUCCACCACCUGAACCACGGGCCGCCGCUGCACUCGCACCAGUACCCGCACGCCGCCCACGCCAACGCCAUGCCCCCCGCCAUGGGCGCCUCCGUCAACGACGCCCUCAAGAGAGAUAAAGAUGCCAUCUACGGACACCCCCUGUUCCCUCUUUUAGCACUGAUUUUUGAGAAAUGUGAAUUAGCUACAUGCACACCCAGGGAGCCCGGGGUAGCGGGAGGCGAUGUUUGCUCCUCUGAGUCUUUCAAUGAAGACAUAGCAGUGUUCGCCAAACAGAUCCGAGCAGAGAAACCCCUCUUUUCCUCUAAUCCUGAACUGGAUAACUUGAUGAUUCAAGCCAUACAAGUAUUAAGGUUUCAUCUGUUGGAAUUAGAGAAGGUACACGAAUUAUGUGACAAUUUCUGCCACCGGUAUAUUAGCUGUUUGAAAGGAAAAAUGCCUAUCGAUUUGGUCAUAGACGAUAGAGAGGGUGGAUCAAAAUCGGACAGUGAAGACAUAACAAGAUCAGCAAAUCUAACGGAUCAGCCCUCCUGGAACAGAGACCACGAUGACACGGCAUCAACGCGCUCUGGGGGAACCCCCGGACCCUCCAGUGGAGGACACACUUCACACAGCGGGGACAACAGCAGUGAGCAAGGUGACGGCUUGGACAACAGUGUAGCUUCCCCCAGCACAGGUGAUGAUGAUGAUCCAGAUAAGGACAAAAAGCGACAUAAAAAGCGUGGCAUCUUUCCCAAAGUAGCCACAAAUAUCAUGAGGGCAUGGCUGUUCCAGCAUCUAACACACCCUUACCCUUCAGAAGAGCAGAAAAAGCAGUUGGCACAAGACACAGGGCUCACUAUACUUCAAGUGAACAAUUGGUUUAUUAAUGCUAGAAGAAGAAUAGUUCAGCCCAUGAUAGACCAGUCCAAUCGAGCAGUAAGUCAAGGAACACCCUAUAACCCUGAUGGGCAGCCAAUGGGAGGUUUUGUGAUGGACGGCCAGCAGCACAUGGGCAUCCGAGCACCAGGGCUGCAAAGUAUGCCAGGGGAUUAUGUGUCUCGGGGUAGUCCAAUGGGUAUGAAUAUGGGACAGCCAAGCUAUACGCCGCCCCAGAUGCCCCCCCAUCCUGCUCAGCUGCGUCAUGGCCCCCCCAUGCAUACCUACAUUCCUGGACACCCUCACCACCCAGCGAUGAUGAUGCAUGGAGGACCACCCCACCCUGGAAUGCCCAUGUCAGCAUCAAGCCCCACAAUGCUUCAUACUGGCGAGCCAGCAGUGAGCGGACAAGUGAUGGACAUUCAUGCUCAAUAGCUUAAGGGAAAUACACGUUGUCUGCACCGAUGGUAGAUUUCAA